AUGAAGAUCCUUAUCAUCGAUGGUUCUAAGGAAUUUGUUGCCUCUAAAGGCAAACUCAAUGAAUCACUUGUUGAGUAUGCUAAAAAGUCUCUUACAGAGAAAGGACAUGAAGUUCAAGUAACAAAGGCUGAUGCUGACUACAAAGGAGAGGAAGAAGUCCAAAAAAUCCUUUGGGCUGAUGUCCUUCUUUGGCAAUUCCCAAUAUGGUGGUUCGGAACACCAUGGCACGUCAAGAAAUACCUUGAUGAAGUCUUCUUCUACGCUCUUGGCAAGAUUUGGGCCAGCGAUGGACGUACAAGAAAGGACCCAUCCAAGAAGUAUGGUAGUGGAGGCCUCGCUCAAGGAAAGAAGUUCAUGCUUUCAUUCACUUGGAAUGCUCCAGUUGAAUCAUUAACAGAACCAGAUCAAUUCUUCCAUUGA